UUACAACCCCAGGGGAAAUUGGCGAGCAAGACCUCAUGGGUGCAAGGGGCCACAGGGACCAAACAGUACUCAUGGACUACCCGAAGAACUGUGGACCUCGGCAUAGGCCGGGUAACCCACUCCUUCAUGGUCAUCCCUGAAUGUCCCUACCCGUUGUUAGGUCAGGACUUGCUCACCAAGAUGGGGGCACAAAUUUGCUUCCACCCCGGAGGGGCAAAAAUCCUAGACAAAGAAGGGCAACCAAUUCAGGUGCUUGUCCUGAGUUUGGAAGACGAAUAUCGUCUCCACCAGAUGCCCCCAGCCCCAGUGACUGACAUUGACCAUUGGCUACAGGAAUUUCUUCAGGCACAGGCAGAAACUGGGGGAAUUGGGCUGGCCCAACACCGACCAGCUAUAUACAUAGAACUAAAACCAGGGGCCGACCCUGUCAGGGUCCGCCAAUACCCUAUGCCUCUCGCGGUGCGAACGGGAAUCACGCCCCACAUACGGCGACUACUAGAUUCAGGCAUAUUAAGGCUCUGCCAAUUGGCAUGGAACACUCCCUUGCUGCCAGUGCGAAAACCGCACUCUAACGAUUACAGGCCAGUCCAGGACUUAAGUGAAGUCAACCGGUGAGUAAUGGAUGUGCACCCCACGGUCCCAAACCCAUACACCCUCCUCUCCACCUUGCCUCCAGACAAAAAUUGGUAUACGGUAUUAGAUUUAAGAGAUGCCUUUUUCAGCCUGCCUUUAGCACCCAAGAACCAAGACCUUUUUGCUGUUGAACGGACAGACCCCAAGAAAGGCAUCAAUGGCCAACUCACCUAGACUCGACUACCACAAGGAUUCAAAAACUCACCAACCUUCUUCGAUGAGGCCUUACACGAAGACUUGGGUGAGUUCCAUUCUGAACACCCUCAUUUGACCUUAUUGCAAUAUGUAGAUGAUAUCCUGCUGGCGGCGGAGGACCAGGACACUUGCCUGUGAGGCACCAAGGACUUACUCCAGACUAUAGCGGCUCUAGGAUACCGGGCCUCAGCCAAAAAGGCCCAAAUCUGCAGAGCAGAGGUGAGCUACCUGGGGUACAAAUUAAAGGAUGGACAAAGAUGGUUGACAGAUGUGUAGAAGGAAACUGUCCUAAGGAUCCCACAGCCGCAAACCGACCAUCAGGCACAUGAAUUCCUGGGGUCGGCAGGGUUCUAUCGAUUAUGGAUUCCGGGUUUUGCUGAGAUGGCCAGACCCCUCUAUGAGGCCACCAGGCACCAACAAAAUUUUGAAUGGACAGAGGCCAUGAACAAGGCCUUUAAUGACCUUAAACAGGCCUUGCUGUCUGCCUCGGCUCUUGGGUUGCCUGACCUAAUCAAGCCCUUCUACCUAUAUGUAGACGAGAAAGACGGGGUGGCAAAAGGGGUCCUUGUCCAGUACAUAGGUCCCUGGAAAAGACCCAUAGCUUAUCUCUCUAAAAAGAUGGACACAGUGGCCGCUGGAUGGCCCCCAUGCUUAAAAAUUAUUGCCGCGGUGGCCACUAUGGUCAAGGACGCAGACAAGCUAGCCAUGGGGCAAGAGCUAUAUGUUACCACCCGACAUGCUAUCGAAGGAGUACUCAAACAGCCCCCAGACUGCUGGAUCAGUAAUGCUCAUCUGACCCAUUAUCAGAGCCUACUGCUAAACCCCACCGAAAUUUUAUUCAAGCCACCUACAACCCUGAAUCCGGCAACGCUACUCCCUAACCCAGACUGGGACCCCCUUCUGCAUAACUGUCAACAGAUUUUGGCACAGGUCCACGGAAUCAGGGCUGAUCUCCGGGACCAGCCACUGCCGAACGCGGAUGCCACCUGGUAUACAGACGGCAGCAGUUUUGUCGAGAAACUGAUUUCUGCCCUCAGAUACGCGGGGGCAGCUGUAACCACAGAGACGGAGAUCAUCUGGGCAGAGCCAUUGGCAGCCGGAACAUUGUCUCAACGGGCAGAACCGAUCGCCCUAGCCAAGGCACUAACCAUGGGAGAAGGUAAACGAAUAAACAUUUACACCAACAGCAGGUAUGCCUUUGCCACCGCUCAUAUCCGCGGAGCCCUUUACAGAGAGAGAGGGCUUCUGACAGCAGAGGGAAAGACUAUUAAAAACAAAACAGAAAUUCUUGAACUCCUAAGGGCCCUCUGGCUGCCCAAGGCACUAGCUAUCAUCCAUUGUCCAGGACACCAAAAAGCAGACACACCAGUAGCCAGGGGAAACCGGCUAGCCGACUCAAAAGCAAAGGAGGCGGCCCUUUCAGUGACCCAGGUUUUAACAACCAUGCUACCCGAUCCGGGGGCACCGACCCUGCCGGACGCCCCCAGCUAUACUGGCACUGACUUACAAUGGAUUAAACGCUUGCCUACGACCCAAUGCUUGCGUGGCUGGUGGAGGGCCGCAGACUCCAGCAUCAUCCUGCCAGAGGAACCAGGAUGACAAGUCCUUUCCAAAAUGCAUCGGAGUAUUCAUAUGGGAACAAGAAAGAUGGAAGACCUCAUACGACAUGCUAAGAUCAUUAUUAAGGACUCUCGAGCAAAGAUGGAGCAGAUCGUGAAAGAGACCUUAACUAAAUUAGCCUUGGAGACUGGUGGGGACUGGGUCACUCUCCUCCCCUUUGCCCUAUAUAGGGUGAGAAACUCACCAUAUAAGAUGGGACUGACUCCCUACGAAAUCAUGUUUGGUAUACCCCCACCUAUCGUUCCUGCCUUGAAACCCGAAGUGCUUGAUGAGUUCAAUGACCAACAGCUUCUUUUCUCCCUCCAAAUGUUACAAAGGGCCCAUGAGCAGGUGUGGCCUAAGCUGAAGGCCCUCUACAAGACUGGCCCACCUCCUGACCCCCGUUGGUAUCGACCAGGCGAAUGGGUGUAUGUGCGGAGGCACCAACAGCAGACACUCCAACCUCGCUGGAAAGGACCCUACAUGGGGAUCCUGACCACGCCCACUGCUCUCAAGGUCAACAGAAUAACUCCCUGGGUCCACUACACCCACGUCCGGCCAGCUGAUCCACACGCCGUCCUCAAGGACUUUGUUCCGGAAUGGAAGAGUCAGCCCGACAAGGACAAUCCCUUAAAGCUAAGGCUGUGUCGCUCCCACUUACCCCACUAA